AUGACAGUGCCCAAACUUCCAUCUGACUUUCCGAAACCAAUCCAAAUCAACCUACCCAUUUCUCAUGCUGGCGCGUUUGUGUUUGGGUUGAAUAUGGCGAGUUGCCCAGCCAGCGUCUUAUUAAAGGGCGUGAAGGCUAUCUCAACGUUGACCCUCUCUGGACUAUUUCCUCUUCCUCCCUCGUCCGGUGCCAUUCUUCAGAAAGAUACUGUCAAUCUUCCACUAGAUGGACUCUCGAUCUUGACUGUUGUGUCGAAAUGGAUAGGUCCAAUGCCCGAGUGGAAGAAUCACCUCGCUGAGGCCAAAGAUCGCGGGUACACCAUGUUGCACUAUACCCCCUUGCAAGAACGUGGGGAAAGCGACAGCGCUUACUCGAUUCGUGAUCAACUCAAAUAUGACCCCAGCACGUUUGACGGAAAGCGACGAGCCGAUGGAGGUAAAGAGAAGGUAGAUGCAAUUCUCAGGGUUGCUCAAGAGGAUUAUGGAUUACUCAGUCUGACAGACAUCGUAUUAAAUCACACUGCAAACGAUAGUCCUUGGCUAGUGGACCAUCCUGAAUCUGGUUCGACGCUCUUUUCCUUACGUUUCCCACCUGCGUUGCUGGGAAUCAACAGUCUCAUUCGUGAAAGCUACACUGGUUGGGAUGCUAAAGAGUACUCAAGGUUGUUGUAUCGUCACGGAGUAGGUAAACCUGUUGGCUCUAUGGAUGAAGCAUGUUUGACCAGCACCGAGAAGAUACCGUCGCCUACAGGCAAGGGUCCAUUACGCAAGGCGGUCGUCACACCAUUGAAUGCCUCGAUGCCUCAUGGAUUUUUAUACGACCUGACGCACGAUAACUAUUCUCCACUUCACAAACGGUCAGCAGAAGACGCACUUUCUACCGGGCCUCUAGUUACUUUCAACUACUCAGCUAUAGGGUCUGUCAAAGGGUUCGACGAUCUCUAUCCUAAACUUCUGAACCUAGUUGGCGAGAAGAGGAAAUAUGAGGUGACCGGCUUGCAAGAAGAGAGUGGUAUAGCGCGCGUCAAACGUCUCUUGAAUUCCCUCCACCUUGAAAUGGUUUUAGGAGGCAUGGGGAAGGACAUGUCCACCAAGAGAACAAUAAUCAAUUUUGACCUGUCUCCUUCUAGGUUCGCUAAAAACACCAAAGACCGCGGAUACGUCUCUCCUAUAAAACUUAUCGAUAUUACCUCCUACGAUGUUCCGGUGGAUGCGAAGACGCUUAAAGGACUUCCUCGUAAACUUGUUGAAAUGAGCCCCGUGGUGGUUCCUCACGGCUUGACGAUGAAAUCCCAUCAUGGUGCUUCGCUAGAGGAGUUUGUGGUAUCAAACUCCCAGGAGGUUUUCGCCAAUCUAGGAUUGGUAGAGCUCAAUGUUGUUCUUUAUCGCGCCAAUGGUGAAGAACGUGAUGCAACGAACGGUCAAUUUGGAGUGUAUGACGUACCCAGCCUCAGUCGCAGGUCCUUAUAUUGUGGAUUGGAGGGCUGGAUACAUCCUCUAGUUCGCCACAUCAUGCGCAAUAAUGACCUCGGUCAUCCGCUCCAAGCAGACGAUUUGCCCAAUCGCAAGAACGUAGCUCAGUGGUUCAAGGAUCGCUUCGACCGCAUCAAAGCUACUGCCCUGCUCUUCUUGCGUCCCCAGUAUUUUGCACUUGUCAUCUCAGAAGCGUACAAGCUGCUCGUCGCUCUGUCGUCGAACAAUGCUCUGCAUCAAACUGACUGUUUCGCAUGCUUCCGGUCAGUUUGUGUGAAGUAA